AUGGCACCAUAUGAAGCCUUGUAUGGCAGAAGAUGUAGGACUCCUCUAUGCUGGUACCAGGAGGCUACCAUCAAAGAGUUCUUAGAACUCAUUUUCGGCCAAACAAAGCAAAGGACUAGCUUCCCUUACCUCGGUGAAGAAAUCCGAGCUCCGGGACGAGAAGAACGGAAGAGAAAGACGAAAGAGAGCUUGAACGAACAGGGAAGAGCAAGAGAGAACUCCGAAAAUCAGCUAGCAAAAUCCAAGCUCACUCAGCACAGCUACCUUGAGAUAUCAAGAAAAAGGGAAGAAGCUUCUCUCUACUGUCCCUCCGAUUCCGCAUUUCUCUGCUCCGACUGCGACGCCGCCGUGCACGCCGCCAACUUCCUCGUAGCUCGCCACCUCCGCCGUCUCCUGUGCUGCAAAUGCGACCGCUUCGCCGGAAUUCACAUCUCCGGCGCCUCCUCCCGGCGGCUCCCCUCCACCUGCGGCUGGUGCUCGGCGGAGAAUCCUUCGUGUUCGUCGACGCGCGUGUCCAGCUCGGAGAAGAAAACGAGGCCGGCGGAGAAGAGGAAGAGCUGCGGGAGGUCGGAGGCGGCGGAGAAGCGGCGGAGGAAUGUGGGAUGGGAAGCGGCGGAGGAGGUGUUGGAGAAAUGGAGCAGAGAGUUAGGGUUAGGGUUAGGGGAAAACGGGAAUCGCGUGGCGUCGCACGCUCUGAAUGUGUGCCUGGAAAAGUGGAGGUGUCUCCCGUUGAGAGUGGCCGCGGCGACGUCGUUUUGGUUGGGCAUGAGAUUUUGUGGGGACGGGGGCCUGGCCACGUGUCAGAAUCUGGCGAGGUUGGAGGCAAAAUCGGGGGUGCCAGCUAAGCUCAUUGUGGCCGCACAUGCCAACCUCUCACGUGUCUUGGCGCAACGCCGCGCCUUGCAAGAAGGAUGGGGCGAGUCCUAGCUCAUACCUCAUACCUCAUACCUCAUACCUCAUACCUAUCUACCAUUACCCAAAUCUCUGCUUUUCUUUUGCCUUUUCCCAUUUAGGAAUUAAUACCACACUUUUGCUUCUUCAUUUAUCUCUUUACCCAAUAUGUCACAAUUGCCUAAACUCUUUCAAAACACAACUCAUUCUAAAUGUGCUCUAUUUUAAUUACAAAACUAUAAAAAUAUUUCCUCAAUUUUUAAGCUA